CUAACAUGGUCUCAGGCUCUGCAGUAAUGUAAACACUUGCCGUGAUGGAGGUAUGUCGACAGUUUUUGGGUUACUGUCAUGGUUAUACUUUUUGUUUUAUCCAUCUAUCCGUCCAUCUAUCCGUUCAUCCGUUCGUCUAUCUGUCCGUCUAUCCGUCCGUCUGUCUGUCUAUCUGUAAAUGUAUGCAAAUGCUCCAGAGGUUGUCUUUAGUUUAGUCCUGUUCAGAACUGUUGUGGCUGUAACUUUUUGUUUGUUUGUUUGUUUUGGCUUUUUUUUUCAGUUUUAUUCCAGUUUUUCAAUCAUGAACCAGUGUCUUGUCAGUCAUCUAAAAUCCUGAGACACAUCCUUUAUCAGUCUCCCAUCUUGAAAUCUUGUUGAAAUCUUUCAACAGUUCUACAUAGAAAAAAGCUGCUGUGUUGACUUCUGUUGGUAGUUUUUUUAAAGUACUUAAUGCAACUUUUCACUCCAGAUCUUGACGCUUGGAAACAUGUUGAUGUUCUUGUUGGUUCUUCUCCAUGGUUUUUUUAGUAAACAUCUAAACAAAGUACACCUACACUUGGUGCUUUAGUAUAUUUUUAUACUUUAUAUUAUUGUCAUUAUGUUUGUAUGUAUGUAGUAUAUAUUCAUACAUAUAUCUGUAUACAUCUAAAUUAAUUUAGAACGCUUUGAUAGAAAACGAUAUCACUUCCUAUAAUAAUAGAAAUAAAUACAUAUAUAUGAAUUAGACAAUCUGACAUAAAACUGAAUCAUUUUUUUCCAUCAUCACCUGUCUCCUGAAUGACAAAGGUGUUUUUUUUUAAUUAUCAAUAUUUAGUUGAACAGUCAUCAGGAGAGAAGAGGUUCUUGAACCUGUUAGAUUUCAGUCUAUUCCAUUCAGAUGUCACUCAGACCUCAAGGGCAGUUCAUUUGUUUUCUGUCCUUGCACACAAAUGAAGUGGAAACUAACGAAUGCGUGGAAAUAAGUUACUAAUUAUUUUUUAAUUAAAUGGAGAAUUUGGAACAAACAUUUCGCUCAAGAGGCAAAGCAUUUAAAAAAGCAGAUAAUUUAACUCUCUACAAAACAAGAAAUGGAAUUUUUUGAAAAAAAAAACAACUUUCAUUUCUUGUAACACUUAUUUAAAAUAUUCAGCUUACACUUUGAUCUACAUGUCUGUCAUACUAAACUAUUGACAGAUGACAUUACAGGACAUAAAAACAGUAUUUGACUCAUUUUUAUAUUAAAAAAUAAACUUGAAAAAUAAAUAAACCUUCAUGAGGCUCGAGAUGAUUGGAAAAGAUCACAUCAUGACAGGCUGUUACACGUAGACUAGAUAUUACACAGUGGAGAGAAGAGCAGAGGCAGAUGAGAGGGGAUUCCUCCUAUUUACUCGGGAGAGUGUUUCAUUAAAAAUCUGUUGAAGUGAUUUUAUUAAUUGUGGUGUUGUAGCAACCAUGAAUGAAAUACAUUUGGAGAAAUUCAGUGGUGGCUCUUUGGGUGGCAAUGAUCUUCAUCAGAGAAUUUUUGCAGAUGAAGUGGCAACGAUUAUAGAAGACCAUUACUAGAUAGACAUGGAUCAGGAGAAGAUUUUAGAAUUUUGUUCUGUACAUUUGUUCUGUAGUGUUGGAAUGUUUGACACCUGAUUUUGUUUGUGAAUAAUCCAAUAGUCCAAUAAUACAGCCUUUGGUUUUCAUCACUGUCCAUUCUAAUACUGGCUUCUUGAACUUGUCAAGAUUUGCUUUCAAAACACGAGGGACAUCUGAGCGUUGAGUUUUUGAACUUUUCAAACUCCGAGGUUCCACUGCAGUUCAUUCAUUUUGGCAUUGAUUUUUCAAACCAGAAACAGCCUGAGUAUUAGCAAAGAAAGAGAGAAUACAGACAGAGGGCAGAGGGCUUACACACUAUUAUACAUUUAUUUAUGUAAAGUUUUGGGAAUAACUCUAUCUUUGUUUGCAUUCUUAAAAUAAAUGUGUUUGUGUUAUACCUCAAAGAAAUUAAGUGUUGGUACUUUAUACUGAUAAAGUACUGAUAUACUGAGCUCCUCCUGACAUUAAAAUAUACCUUUUAUUGAAACUGACAAUGUUCCAAUUUAGGAUGUAAUGUAAAAAUAAUGAAAGCAUCAGUGAACUUUUUUAGGCUGCAUUUUUAAAAGGAUUAAAACAAAAUGAACUUCAAUCUCGAGUUUACCCCAGGUUUUGAUCCACGUUUUUUUUUUUUCCUCGUGGAUCUCGGGACAACAACGCUGCCCCGUGAUCCAUGCAGUCUGACGGGUCCGCUCUGAUAAACUCAUAACACACAUGGCAGGGAAACUAAAAACCAGGGCCUAAUUAGCAGGUGGGGGUGAGUAUGAUGAAGAAAGAGGGAGGGAAGAUUGAAAAUCAAAACGAGCAAGACUUUAUCGAGGGAGCUGGUGACCUCAGCUUAUUUAUUCAUGGCGAUACUAAAGAGGACUUAAGAACAAAGUGUGCUGCGAAGUUCCCAACCACAAUACUGUGCUGCCUGUGCUACGUUGCCAUGUAUUAUAUACUCUCCACCCUGCCUGCCGCCUUCAUUUCGCUUUCUUACAUGCACUUGACACCUUCUGAGUCAACUCACCUGUCCAGGUAUUCCUGCAAUCCAGGCCAAGCCUUGUCAGGUGGAGGAAAGUCUAUCCCAGGGUGGAGACAGGGGGGAAGAAGAGGAGGAGGAGACGGGAGUCGCAGGACCAUCUGCUGGUAGGGAGGGAGGAAGGAGGGAGAGAGGAUCAUAUUUUAUUUCCAUAAAACAUAAAUUCACUCAUCUGCUGUCAGGAAGGCAAAAAAAAGAAAGAAAACUCGGCCUCUUUGUCAUCUUAAUCUCACUUUUAAGAUGAUUAAAGCUUCUACAUGUGAGCCCAACAUGUUGCGUGCACGUGUGCACAUGCUGAUGCCUGUCACCCUGCGAUACAGCAACAAUCUUUCUGCAGGGGUCGGACUGACGGCUGGUUGGUGGCCUCGACGACACCCUAACUGCAGGGAGAGCGGCUCGGCGGGGGGUCGACCACUCACUGGAUGUCAUUGUUUAACAAGCAGUUCGGAGAAAACACAAACUUCACCCGGUACAGAGAGCGACCCACAACUGUGUGUGCGUUGAUAUGGUAAUAACACACACAACUUGGUGUGUGUGUGUUUGUGUGUGUGUGUGUGUGUGUGUGCGUGCGUGCGCCUGCCUUUCAACUUGUGAACACGAAGAGGUCGCAGAGGAAAAUGUGUUAUUAUUUCCACCUCCCAGCAAGAAAUUGGUCUUUCUGCUCUGAAUUCGUCUCAUUUCUGGCACCACCGUGACACUGAGCGCUAAAAAAAGCAGCUGCUUUUGCACUUUUGACAAAUUUCAGUAUCAUUACUUUGUCAUUGGAAUAUCCAGGUUGCACUUUCCUCCAGCGAACAACAUAGUUCGGUGGAGAAAUGUAAUGGUUCUGAGAUAUUCUGACUCUCACUGUGCCUGACCUGCUGUAAACGUUAGAUGUUUACUGAAGGAAACGUACCUCACUUGUUAUUUAUAUGUAUACAUCAUUAUGUGAUUAAUAAUCACAUUUAACCCUGAGUUUCUGGAGAAGAUUGUAUACAGAGGCUGCUACCGCCUGGCUGGUGGUAGCAGGCGUAGCUCCGCCCCGAUUGGGGGUCAAAAAGCCAUCAGAUUUCUGUAUCUAUAUUCAGAUUUUCUCUCUCUAUAUAUAUAUUCAGACUUUCAUUAUAUAUAUUCAGACUUUCUGUAUAUAUAUUCAGACAAUCAUUAUAUAUAUUCAGACUUUUUGUGCAUACAUUCAGACUUUCUGUAUAUAUAUUCAGACUUUAGUUAUAUAUAGUCAAGGAUUUAUUUCCAGAACGGCAUGACAUAAUGUAUAUGUAUAUAUAUAUAUUUAAAAUCAGAGUGAACAAUUUUCACUUUUUUUUACCAAACUUGAAUAGAAACCUUUAAUAGGGAUGUAUUUAGGCCUUAAAAAAAGUUUUAUUCCAAACGCAGAAAAUGUCAAAUAAGUGAAAUGUGACCUCAUGUGAAAAAAAAGGAUUAGGUUCACUGAAAAUUUAUAAAGAAUUUCUAAUUAUGAAGUAUAGCUUACAGGAGUGAUGAGAUAAAAAGGAGGAAUAUAGAGAAGUAGCUUUAAUAUUUUCAUAAGCUAACGUUUUUAGAUCUAUGUAUAUACUGCACCUGCCUUUGUAAGAAAAUGGAUGUAUGUGGAUAUAUUAAAAAUGUUGUUCACCCUCUCUCUCACACACGCACACGCACACGCACACGCACGAACACUUGAAGGAACAUGUGCCCGUGCUCUGUGUAACUCCACAGGGUAUCAGAUUUUCGGUCUCAGUGGUGUAACUGCAGUACACAUCUGUCUCUUCUGCAUUAGUGUGAUAGAUGUACUUUUAUGCUGCCAUUAGAGGCGAGGCAGUGCACAGUGCAGGCCUUGAGUAUGCUAAUGUGCCCUCUCACACCUGCAGUUUCCAAUUACUCCCGAGGAAUGGAGCCAAGACUCAGGGCUGCAGCCACCACCAAUAAUAUGAGUAAUGGCAAAAUUACACAAGUCUUUUGUAGCAAAUAGGGGAUUUGAAGAAAAAAAAAAGGAUGGAAGGAAUCAUUCAGUGGGGGAUGGAGUAUGAGAGAGGGGAAGAAAAGGAGAGGGAGUUGAGAGCAAGGAGGAGGAAAUAUGUAGGGUGAGGAUGAUGGAGGUUCAGUGGCUCUAUUUGUACAGGUUUCUGACUUUCAUCACAUUCAUUUGACUGUCAUUGAACAAUGUGCUCUGUAGACCGAGUCACUAGUCACUAGUGGGCCAAAUGUAGAAAAAUUCAGAGGAAUAGUUUUAAAAAUAUAGGUGCUCCAACAUUGGUGGCAGAGUUUUCCUUUAAAGGACUUUUUGUUGCCCUUAUGAAAUGACACAGGUUGUUGUUUUUCAGGAAAUACUCUGUACAAAUAACUUAUUGUUUAAAAUUGACAAAAUUUUAAAGAUUUCCAUUCUUUCAAUGUUUUGUAAUUUUUGUGAUUUUCUUAUUUUGCUCAGAUGUUUUUUCUUUAGCAAAACAUUUAGUCAUGUUUCUGUUAGUUACAGUUCAACAGGUUGAAAACUAACCAUUUCUCAUACUUUUGUGUUUGUUUGUUUUUCUUUAAUCAACUUUCCUUCACGCUUUUUUAAACUAAUUUUCAUUUUUAAAAAGUUGACAUCAUUUCAUCAUGGAAUCCUCCUGAUAUCUUACUGUAUGUGGAAUAGACAAGCCAUCAUGAAGUCACACGCCCCAAAAACACAUUGGACUGGUGUGUGUGUGUGUGUGUGUGGGACGGAAGCCUAGCUGGACAUUUUCCAAAUCCAAUUUAUUUGCACAGCUCAAUUUAAAAUAGCAGCGUUGAAACCAAGGUGCAGCACAGUGAUAAUAGAAUUUGUAAAACACAAACCUGAAAAACAGGGAGAGGAAAUUAUAAGAAAUGAAAACAGAAAAGAAAAAAAAGUGAACUUUUAUUAAACAAUUGCUUAAAAACCACAGCUUAAAGGUUUUGGUUACAAGAAUUAAAGGGGAUAUGUGUUUUUCUAUUUAUAACUAAAACCUAAUGUAAACAUAUAUUUACCAUGUUUAUGGAUUUCAUGGAUGGAUGCAUGGAUUUCCAGCACAAAGAGUUUUAGAGUUAGAAUAAUUAAAGAAAAAAAACAAACCUUGAGAACCCCUGUUUUCAUUAGGCUUUUCAGGGGAAUAUGGACGUUCAAGAUUUAGUUUGAAGAUUACGUUACAAUUUAGAUCAUAAUAGAGUUGGAAUAUAUAGAGCAGCAAUGUAUUUAAAAAAAUUAAUGUUAAUGAAAGGACAGAGAGAGAACACAUUAUGUCAAUGUAGUGUGUAUCGUCACAGAAGAAGACAGAUAUCUGUGUGUGUGUGUGUAUGCGUGCGUGUGUGUCACGGGGGGGGGAGGGUGACUUGGGCUUCUGUAGCUGCAGCGCUUGAUAACAAGUGCAGAGUAUUCAAUCAUCCUGUUGACAGUGAUGUCAGCAGCCACACAUCUUUAUGUUUCUCUGCCUUUUUCUUCUGUUUUUUUUUCUAAACCUCUAUUUGCCACAAGGUCUAAAACACAGGGUACACCACAUUUUAUGACCUUGUUGUCUAAGAACCCUAUGUUAAUAUCAGUAGGAAAAAAGCAAACAGAAAAUGUGGUUCAACACAACACAUCCCAACCAUAAAAAAGCCCAGUUUUCCCCCAUCCACACUCAUUGUCAGAUCAGCGUCUGAUAUCCAAGAAGAGAACUGUCUCCAGAUGUUCCUCUGGUUUGUGUACUGUUGGUGUUAGCAGAUGUGGGUUAGCUUUUUAAACACAUACGGUAGUAUUGAUGUUAAUAUCAACUUGAUUACCUGUACAAAUACAGUAUGCAUGGGCUCUAAAUGGAUUCAAAUCAGUUCCCACAUUGACCACAGAGCAGCUGUGGAAUAUUUAUGCUUAAUCACGAUUAAUUCCAUUAGUCGAUUAAUCGUGACUAAUCAACUCUCAGUCCAAGACCAAGAAAAACAAUCGCUGCUUUUAUAGCAGUGGUAAAAUGAGUCAAGAGUUACUGUAGUUUCAAAACUUGUGAAGUCACGCCAUCAACAAUGUAAACAAAAUGAGUCCCUCAGUAUCCACCUGACAUCUGUUCCUGUCAGCUUGUCAGCCAUAGACUCGCUCACUGCCAUGUGCUGCGUCAGGCUGCUCUGAUGUUAGCCAGGUGUCCUACCUGGAGUUUAAACCCUGCAAACACACGUGUUGAGAUGGUAUUCUUACAGUGAAAUGAAAACCUUUUGUUGACAACCUCUGUGUGUGUGCUAACUGUUUGAUUAUGUUGAUGCUCCACCUCUGUGAGCCUGACCAUCUUACCAGGGUCACAAUUGGUGUCUGUUGAAUUUUAAACUCAACUUUUUUAUUGUACCUUAAAUGGUUGUUGUUUGAGUUUACUGACUACAGUGAUUAGAGUAAUGAAUUACAAACUUGAACUGAGGACAAAACAGUGUUUGAAUUUUAUCCUGACAGUCAGUCUCAUACCUUGGCCAACUAAGACAUGGUUUCUUUUUAAAAAAGGUUUUGUUGUUUACAUUAUUGACAGUUUUUCAGGACCUAGACCAACAAACUAUAUAUUUCAAUAAGCCAGUCUCAAAAUGACCGAGUUUUCCUGCAGUAUCUGGGCCAGGUGACCAGUUUUACUAUGUGGGCUGUGGAUAAAGACACACACUGAGUCAGGAGGCAGCAGGUAAAGCCAUAGUGGGAUUAGUGUGUUGUAUGAGUAGGUGAACACGUUCAGGUCUCUGUCUCCAUAACUCAACUGCUCCAAAACACUUUUCUUCUUAUUACACUCCUCCCUUCUUUCCAUUUUACUUGCUCAGAUCUGCCCAUGUUUGCGUGUGUAUGUGUGUGACUCUCUAUGUGCACAAACUGAAUAUGUUUAAGGGGUGAGAAGGGGGGCAACAAAUCCGUAGAGAGGACUUGGCAGUGGCUCGUCUCCCUCCCGCUUCAUUGCUUUGGUCCUUUCCAAAUCCUAUUUCACGGUGCCAGGCAUCCGCUCCCUGGGAUCUCCACAACUCCCAUCUCCAGACGCAGGUUUAAGCCGCUCUCCUGGCACCAGCAACGGGCAUGAAGAGAGAGAAAGCAUGUGACGCACCCAGCCACCAACACCACAAAAAAAGCACACCUAUUAUCUGGGCUCAGAGAGAGGGACACACGUCCUGCAGAGGACACAUUGCUUACUCACAAAAUCUCUGUCUCGCGUUCUUAAUUCACCUCCACAACAUCCGCCUGAGUGGACAUGACCUGGGAGGUCACGCACGAUUCCCACGAGCUCAUUCCUUCAUCUUUCCAUUCAUUCAUCAAUGUAAAAAUCACUCAGGCAAUCUGUAAACACACUCGAGGACUCGUUCAGUUAACAAAUCAGUGACACACAAAGCUGUUGGUGCUGUUUUUUAAUUCCUACAAAUUAAUACACUGUGGCCGAAUGACUAAAAGACCUAAUUAUCUUCUAAUGAAUUUAUUCUGCCGUCGUAGAGAAUGAACUUAUGCUUAAAUGGUCCUUCAAUUACCGCUAUUCAAAGCAAUUAAUUAGCUGCUCAAUUACCUGUAUCUAAACUAACUGUGAGCCCUGACCCGGGGGAACAUGUACAGUAUGAGCGCCGUUCAGGGAGGCAACACACGUGUUUCUGCACAAUAGCCACCAGAUGGCAGCAAAUAGCUGUAUAUGCUUUAUUUGCAAACCCAUUUUACCCAUUCACUCAUUGAGCUCUUCUGAUUAGUGAUCAUUCUUAUUUUAAUUGUAAGAAAAUGUCUUGUUUAGCUUACAUUUUACUCUUUUAUACAACAAAAUAAUUAGUCUAAAGGAUGCAUUAAAAACGUCUUGGGUUAGGGUUGAUGCUUUUUACUUUUCGCAAUUUCUAUUUCAAAUUUGCUACUUUUUUAGCUAUUUAUCCAGCGGCCAAUUUGUUUAACUCCUGGCCUUCUGUUUUAAAUUACCUUUUAUAUUCAGUAAUGUUUGGAAUGCCAAAAAAAUCAGAUGAGACCAAUUGUUUAUUAUAUCUGGGAUAUUAAGCACAACACCAAUAUUUUUUAAAUGGUAAAUAAACAAAAGGUGUGUUCUGAUGUGUCCACUGAGACAUUAACUCACCAUUAGUCAGUAAGUGCCCUCAGGUCUACAGGGAGGCUAACAGCAGCAUUGAGCUUUAAUAGGUCAGAGCUAUGAGUGCAGCUGCAUCUUCAUGCAUAAUUAAUGUCUGUGUCUGUGCUAAUUGAAAGCCAUAAGUCCACAAAUGAAAUGUUCAGUGUAGAUGUUACAGUCUGCUGUCGCUGGGUUUCCUGGCAUGGAUGAGUGGAUACAUUUAAAUUUUACUAGUUUUUACAGAAGUUCUACAAAUAUGGACCCUGUCACAUUUAGCAUUUUGGAAUGAUUUUAUUCACAUUGCUUAAUGCUUAUGGUCCCUGGACUAUUUGUUAGAUUUAUUACUUUAUAAAAUUAAUUGAUUUGAUAGUAUUCAACUAACCUUUAUGUAUUACAGGUGUUGCAAUUCAAGGAAAAAGAAAAUUGUGUUCUAAGCUUUUUGGUUUCCUGUUUUUUUGUUUUUUUGUUAUUAUACUCCCACCUUUAUCUUCUUACUCCUCACUUUUGUCCUUGAGUUGUUCAUAAUAUUAUUCCUAGAACAUGUUUAGACUCAAUUCAUAUUUUUCUAUAGCUAGGUUUUUAGAUUUUGGCUAAUGAUUAGCAAUUAUAGCAGUAGCAUAUUCUUUGACUAGCAUAACAAAGCUACAAUGUUCAGUUGUUGAUGUGUUUAACAGUGUGUCAGAAAGAGAGCACUUAAAGCGUAUGUAUUUUUAUUUUAAUAUUCAGUUCCUUCUCCUCUUAAUUGAAACUCAUGAGUUUAAGGAUUUUCGAGGAUCUAAGUUUUAAUUUGCACAGAUUUUGGAAGAAAAUGUUUUAGAAAAUAACAGCAAGAAUAACAACUUUAGUUUAUUAAUAAGACAAAAAACAUUGAUAUCCUGCCAAACCUUUUCUUAGUUUAUGGUGUCAUUAAUAUAGCUUCUAGUUUGCCACUGAUUUUAAUACCCUGAGCCCUGAAGCAUUUAGAGUAUGUGAAAUCUCUUUGUCUAAUUAAACCCAGAGUUAAAUAUAGGCUACAGUAAGCUGAGGAAAAUGUUUUACUCCACUUACAAUGUCAGUGCAGAGGUCUAACAUACUUAGGGAACACGUCACUGUCAAUUCUUGAUUGACAUUUGUACAACUCAACAAAUAUGAUCAGAAAAAAGAAGUUGCAGGAAAAACAUGUGUUGCCGUAUAUGCUUUUUUACAAACAAUAAUAACGUCAAUGCUGAAAACUAAUUCAAUCCAGCAGCUUUGUGGAAAUGUUUAAACAGAUAUUACUGCAUGUAAAAGCAAAUACAACAAACAAACAAACAAACAAACAAAACCCCAAUAAGUACUGUGUGUUCUUGACUUCUAAUUUGUAAAUGUCGAGCUACUAACCCAUAUGCUCUUGCAUGCAAAAGUAACUAUGGGUUGUAUUCAUAGUGUCAAAACAAUUCAAAAGUAUAAGAAGAUGGGCUGAAAAUGGAGUGGGACUCAAUGAAAACUUGUAUAUGCCCAAAAUGUUUAGGCUGUGUUUAAUACUUGAAGUAUUUAUUAAUACCAGUGUUUGAGUGCUUUAUUAAAUGAUAAGUACUUUGGAUUUCACUUUAACUGUUAAAUAAAACGUACGAAUAGUUUUUACCACUAAAAGACUUUAGCACUGUUGCUUCUCCAUGUGGUCAUACGGGGUCACUUGUUUUGUAGUGGACAGCACUUGUCUGAGUGGAUGGAUUAAUUUCUCUACAAUGCGCAUGCUCAGUGCGGUCACCUGACGGCUGCCUGUGGACGUUUGUGGUUGACACUGCUUCACCGGGAUCUACCGCUGUUGUAUCCGAGGGAGCGGGGCAUUGACUUACUGAGGGUCUGUCUGCUGCGGGCUUUUAAACACUCUACCGAGGCCAAGAGUCGCCACAGUAACGGGCCUCGGUGGUUUUUGGAGUUUAGUUUUUUACGUCGGCGGUUUGCGGUGAAAUGUAGCUCAGCGGUAGGGGUUGCAGCGGGAGUGCGAGUGUGAGGUUGCAUUCGCCACAGUCGAUGCAUGGCUCUUCACCGGGAUGCCAUGAAAAUCAGCGAACUGGCCGAGCACUGCUCCUCUUCACUGGUAUCACAACAGAAACGGCGGAGGGAGCAGUGGAGCUGGUGGUGACAAGCGGCGACGACAAGGAAGAUGCUGCUGAUGAUGGCGAUGAUUGUGACGAUGGAUACUGGCGGAAAGAGCCACAUUAUUAGGUAGCGUUUACGAAGACACGACGACCGACCGAAGGUCUCUGCUGUAGAGUUCACUCGCCGCCGGAACUACGAGCAAAAAGGAUGGAUUUCAGCCUCCUCCGAAAUAUCAUCAGCAGAUACUGUGUGGGGGAGGAGAUCUGGGUGGACAGUCGGACCAUCUACAUAGGACAUAAAGAACCACCACCGGGAGCCGAGGCCUACAUCCCUCAGCGUUUCCCUGACAACCGCAUUGUCUCCUCCAAGUACACCUUCUGGAACUUCAUUCCCAAGAAUCUGUUCGAGCAGUUCAGAAGAAUUGCCAACUUCUACUUCUUGGUCAUAUUUCUAGUCCAGCUUAUCAUCGACACCCCGACCAGCCCAGUCACCAGCGGUCUGCCCCUCUUCUUUGUUAUCACUGUCACCGCCAUAAAACAGGGCUACGAGGACUGGCUCCGACACAAAGCCGACUGCUCUAUAAAUGAGUGUCCGGUGGAUGUGGUGCAGCGAGGGAAGGUGGUGAGGACACAGAGUCACAAGCUACGGGUUGGAGACAUCGUUAUGGUCAGGGAGGACGAGACAUUCCCCUGUGACCUCAUCCUUCUUUCCUCCAGCCGCCCAGAUGGGACCUGUUAUGUCACCACCGCCAGCCUGGAUGGAGAAUCCAGCCACAAGACCUAUUACGCCGUACCAGAUACCAUGGCCUUUAGAACGGAGCAGGAGGUGGACUCAUUACACGCCACCAUUGAAUGUGAACAACCACAGCCUGACCUCUACAAAUUUGUGGGACGCAUCAAUAUAUACAAGGACAGGGAAGAGCCUGUAGCCAGAACUCUUGGUGCUGAGAACCUGCUCCUCCGAGGAGCCACACUGAAGAACACUCAGUAUAUCUACGCUGUUGCAGUCUACACAGGCAUGGAAACCAAGAUGGCACUAAAUUACCAGUCUAAAUCCCAGAAGCGCUCCGCUGUAGAAAAGUCGAUGAAUGCCUUUCUGAUAGUGUAUCUCUUCAUCUUGAUCAGUAAGGCCGUGAUCAACACUGUUCUGAAAUACGCCUGGCAGUGGUCUCCCGACAGAGACGAGCCCUGGUACAACCACAGAACGGAGAACGAGCGGCAGCGGCACGUGGUUAUCCGAGCCUUCACAGACUUCCUGGCUUUCAUGGUCCUGUUUAAUUACAUCAUCCCAGUGUCCAUGUACGUGACGGUGGAGAUGCAGAAAUUCCUUGGCUCCUAUUUCAUCACGUGGGAUGAGGAGAUGUUUGAUGAUGAGCUGGGAGAAGGAGCUCAGGUCAACACCUCCGACCUGAACGAAGAGCUGGGACAGGUGGAGUAUGUGUUCACGGAUAAAACCGGCACUCUGACCGAGAACAACAUGGAGUUCAUCGAAUGUUGCGUUGAUGGGAACGUCUACAUCCCACAUGCCAUCUGCAACGGGCAAAUCCUCAGCGCGGCUUCCAGUAUAGACAUGAUCGAUUCCUCACCUGGAGGAUAUCGAAGAGAACACGAGGACCUGUUCUUCCGAGCGCUCUGUCUCUGCCACACGGUCCAGGUGAAGGAAGAGGAGACGGUGGACGGUAUCAAGAGAGGCAUCCACCAGGGCAGGCCCACAUCCUUCUACAUCUCCUCUUCACCAGAUGAGGUGGCCUUAGUGGAAGGAAUGAAGAGGCUGGGUUAUACCUAUCUGAGGCUGAAGGACAGCUACAUGGAGAUCCUCAAUAAAGAUGAUGAAAUUGAAAGGUUUCAGCUCCUCCAUGUGUUAAAUUUUGACUCUGUCAGGAGGAGGAUGAGCGUCAUAGUCAAGUCCAGCUCAGGAGACUACCUGCUUUUCUGUAAGGGUGCCGAUUCCUCCAUUUUCCCCCGGGUGGUGUCUGGGAAGGUGGAGCAAGUGAGAGCCCGUGUGGAGCAGAAUGCUGUGGAGGGCCUGCGGACUCUGUGUGUUGCCUAUAAAAAGCUGUCAGAGUCUGAAUACCAGGAGGCUUGUCAUCACCUGACCGAAGCCAAACUGGCCCUGCAGGACAGGGAGCAGAGGCUGGCGCAUGCGUAUGACAUCAUUGAGAGGGAAUUUGUGCUUUUGGGGGCCACGGCUGUUGAGGACAGGCUCCAGGAGAAAGCAGCGGAUACCAUCGAGUCCCUGCACAAGGCUGGGAUGAAGGUGUGGGUCCUCACCGGAGACAAGAUGGAGACGGCGGCAGCUACCUGCUAUGCUAGCAAGCUGUUCCGCAGGAGUACACAGAUACUGGAGCUGACGAAGAAACGCACGGAGGAGCAGAGUCUGCACGAUGUUCUGUUUGAGCUGAACAGGACCGUCAUCAGACAACGCUCCAUGUCUGGGUUGUCAGUGGAUUGCCUUGACUUUGGUCUGAUCAUUGACGGGGCCACGCUCUCUGCUGUAUUAAAACCGAACCAGGAAGGCGCCGGGAACGGAAACUACAGAGAGAUCUUUCUGGAAAUCUGUCGUAACUGCAGUGCUGUCCUCUGUUGUCGGAUGGCGCCACUGCAGAAAGCACAGAUUGUGAAACUGAUCAAGGCUUCCAAAGAGCAUCCCAUAACACUCGCCAUUGGUGACGGAGCCAAUGAUGUCAGUAUGAUACUGGAAGCACACGUGGGCAUUGGCAUCAUGGGUAAGGAGGGCCGACAGGCAGCAAGAAACAGUGACUACGCCAUUCCUAAGUUCAAACACCUGAAAAAGAUCCUGCUCGUUCAUGGUCACUACUACUACAUCAGAAUCGCUGAGCUCGUUCAGUACUUCUUCUACAAGAAUGUGUGCUUCAUCUUUCCUCAGUUCCUCUAUCAGUUUUUCUGUGGCUUCUCCCAACAGCCACUUUAUGACACCGCCUACUUGACGUUGUACAAUAUAAGCUUCACUUCGCUCCCAAUCCUCCUCUACAGCCUGGUGGAGCAGCACGUCAGCAUGGAGACACUGAAGAGGGAGCCAACAUUGUACAGGGACAUAGCGAAGAACUCUCUCCUGCGUUGGCCCGUCUUCUUGUACUGGACAUGUCUAGGUGUGUUUGAUGCUGUUAUCUUCUUCUUCGGUGCCUACUUCCUGUUUGACAACACCACCUUCACCAGCAACGGCCAGAUGUUUGGGAACUGGACUUUUGGGACACUUGUCUUCACUGUGCUGGUUUUCACUGUUACACUCAAGCUGGCCUUGGACACACACCACUGGACCUGGAUCAAUCACUUUUUCAUCUGGGGAUCUCUGCUUUUCUACGUCAUUUUCUCUCUUCUCUGGGGGGGCAUCAUAUGGCCUUUCCUGAACUACCAGAGGAUGUACUACGUUUUCAUGCAGAUGUUGUCCAGUGGCCCAGCCUGGCUCAGUAUCAUCUUACUUAUUACAGUGAGCUUGUUGCCAGAUGUUAUCAAGAAGGUGCUGUGCAGGUCGAUGUGUCCCACGGCCACUGAACGUGCACAGGCUCAUGAGAAGCUUUCACAGCAAGGUGUGGCCAUGACUUCACACUCUUGUCGCUCCUGCAAGGGCACAAGCGUAGACUCCUCUCACCUCCACCUCGGAGCUGCAGAGGCCUUGCCGCUCCACAGGUCUGAUCACAUGCCCCAGAAACUGCUGGCCCACUUGGCAGAAGGGGGAGGGUCAGAUUUGUGCCCCCUCAGCCCUUACAUGCUCCGUCUCUCAGGGGCAGGAUUCGCAUACUACGCUCCGGGGCCGGAGACCUCUGUGUGAGACACAGGUGCAAACUGUGACACUUGUGAUUCUAAUUGGUUAAAACACUGAGCAUGUAGAACGUCACACGACCAAGAUCUGCAUUUUUAGGGAUCGAGAAUCCGUAGACGAAAGUACCAACAAGUUUUGGUCCAAUAGAAACAUAGAGAUGCUAAGUUCACCAUGUGCAUUAACUUGGAUACACCGGAGCGGUCAACCCUUUAUAGGCUCUGUUGCCCUACUCCCAUCUUUCUGUUUCAGUCCUCGUGUCUGUCUCUGCUAAAAACUCUCACUUGGAUAAAGUCUAAGGACAAAAGAGGAAUCACGUGUGAAGGUGCAAUAUUUAUGCACAUGGAAGUGUCAGCAUGUCAACAGUCUCGUCCUUCCUUUUUUUCCCCUCAUUUUUGCCUGUUCCUCCAUGUCUGUCCUUUUUUCUUUUUUGUUUGAGGAUAUUUAUGUACAGUCUGUGGUCUGGCCAAGAAAAAGGGAAGCCGUCAAGCUCAACCCUUUAGGUGUGCGAGUGUGUGCAUGUGCGCGAGUGUGUGCAUGAAUUUGCCUGAUCUUAUAUGUUUGUAUGUGAACACACCUUUGCCUUACAGGUAACCACACAGCAGCAGCAGCAGAAGCAGACUAGGCGCCAAAGGAGAAAUGUAUAUUUAAAAGGAGUGCUGGUGUAUUUUUCUAAGCCUUACACACAAACAUAGACACACACACACACACACACUAACAUACACCCAUCUGCUGGAGGAGAGAUAUGAGGGAGAACUGAAGAGGGGCGUGCAGUAUACUAACCAACCUGCCUUAAUUCAUAGAUUUUCAGUAGAUUAUAUUAUAUAACUAGGUUAUUUUAAAUACACUUGUCAAAAUAAAUGGAUAUUUAGGGGAUAUUUAUUAAAUUCUCAUGAAUGUUACUUACAUUGUCUAAUUUUCCUGACACCAGCCGAGCUCUGCUGCAUGGUUUUCUCUACAUCGCUCUCCUUUGUCCCACAUUAAUCCUCAUUAAAUCAUAGACCAUAUAUGAAAAAUGGACAGAGAGAGCAUUGCUGUAAAGUGAGACUUCAUAAGAAGACAGAAAGUUCCACCUCUUGAGUAUUCUUUGUUGCCUUAUGGGCUCAAACAUGUAUCAAAUACUCAGUAAUAGUAUUAUUAACAACAAAACAUUACAUUCCAAAAAAGGCAAAAGGGUUUUUUUUAUUAUUCAAGAACCCAGAAGUAAAAUUUAUGUUGAGGUUUCAUCAUUUUUUAGAUCAUAAGAAAUUCUUCAUGUCUGGAAUCUACACUAAAACGUAGCUAAGGUCAUGGACUGGUUUAGGGCUGAAUUUCAGCCUUUGACCUGGUAUUGUGCAGUGCUUCUGUUUAUCCCCCCAAUGUUCAACCAUCUGUCUUGGGGCUUUAUUAUCUAUUUUUAUUAUCUUUAAUUUCUAUUUUAACUUUUCAUUUACAAAUGUGAAUGUAAUAUUUAAGUGAACAGACUCAAAACCAGUUAACUUUUCUCCAAAACCACCAUUAUGUGUAACUUCUGAGGUUUCCAAGAUCAUCAUUGGUGCCUUUCUCAUAUAUGGUCUACGCACUGACUUUAUGGUUUGGGUUUGUUUGUUUGUUUUCACCUUUUUUCUUUUUCCUAUGAGUGAGCAGUUUCCUCACCCAUGCCUCCCCGUGGCCAUGUAUAGUAACAGCAGCAGUAGUGUUUUUUUUAACGACGUCGGCAUUGACCUGCUGCUGUGCUUGUGUUUGCUGCCAUAAUUUAUGUUAUAAAGAAUUUAAUAUAUAUAGUUGUAUGACGGAGGAUAUUUCCUUGUGUUUCAUUGGUCGCUCUUUUUUUUCCUGCGAAAUUUAUUAUCAAAAUGUAUUGAUGGCUGUCACUGUUUCUGUGGAUGAAAGACCUCUGUUGUACUGUAUGUGUAGCCCAGUCAGAGGGCUGUAGUAUCCUGUGGUCUGUGGUACGUAGGAGUGAGACUUGAAUCAGCGAUGUCACAAUCAAAUCGGUGAGAAUGUAGAACUGAUUAGUCUGUCACGUCCUUCAGCUGGAGAUUGUAGUUCAUUGUGGAGGAACCUCCUCUCCACAUGUCUCUGACACCUGAUGUCCUCUGUGUCCAAAGCAUAUGUGUUGCAUUACAAGGCGAGCAACUGACUCUGCAAGUCCUGAAUGUCAGACUUUGAGACAUUUUUGUACAUUUCUACAGUUUAUUUUCCUACACAUCACCAUUAUCUGCCAACAUGUACAGAUUUAACAACUUUUUCAUCAAUGACUUUCAGUUUAGUUUGAGGUUUCUCACAACUUAUAGUCCUCAAACAUCCAGUAGUGUUUGCGGCUCAACAUCCUGACCUCAGCUUCCCAUGUCACUGUACUUUGGUUAGAGAUCAUCCGGUACUGUCAGAAGGAAAAACAGGACAUUUUGUCCAACAAAGACCAAGAUGUACUUUUCCUAGACUUUUGGACCUUUUUGUAUUUAAUACAGUCAAAACAUAAUUGCAAGUGUAAUGCAACAUUGUGCACAAGCCAGUUCCUUGUCUUGUAAGGGUCAGUUUCUUGCAAGACACCAUUGUGAGUUGCUCGGGUAUCUGGUUUGGACAUGUGCGGCUCCAGUCUGAUUUUAAAAUGAAAAAAAAACAACAGGUAUGUGACUACAUGAUUACACACGAUUAUGUAGCAGUGGUUCCUGUUGCAACAAACUUGUAAUUUAAGAAUUUCAUUGAUUUUGUUUUGCAGUUGCUUUGUUCAUAGUGGGCAUGUUAUGCACACUUUUUACAAGCCGAGCAAACCCACUGAGACCUCUUAGAAGAAAGGUCUCAAAUGCUCACCUGCCUCAUGCAGACUUGGAGAUCAUACAAGUGAGAUCUGAUAAAAGGCAAUAUAUCCACGGUUUUGAUCAGACCCAAGUGAACUACAAGUGUAUAAAUGCACCCAAAGAACAAAACCCACAGUUUGAGGAAUUGGUGCAUGAUGCAGGACAUUUGGAGUAGUAUUUUGAGCCGAUGAAAGCAUGGUUCAACACCCAUGCUGUUCUUUCCAAAAUACUAGGACAAAGUGUGAUAUGUAUCCAUAUAUCACCAUGUCUGUUGGUGUCCUAGUUUAAAGUACAUAUUUCAGUCAUGUUUGUGGUAAAAAAAGGAAAUACUACUUUUGUACUCCACAGAGAAUAUUGUAACUAUAUUUUAAUGCUGUUAGAAGUUAUAUUUACUUUUGUUGUUACCAAAAUGAGAUACAUGAUAUAAUUUAUUAGAGAUUUACCUAUAGGUCUACACACUGCACUUUGCUCAACAUGAGAUCUGAUUUCCCCAUGAAACAAGGUCUAUUGUCAGCGCACUCCGUUUAUAAAUAUUCACUAUUUUUCGCAGGUUAUUUUUUAAAGAAGAUUGUCAUCGACCAGAGGUGAAAAAGUGACCAAAUAACUUGACUUGUUGGAAGGAACUGUGUCAGACUCUGUCUUUGUGAUGGGCUCUAAUCACACCAGCCAUGUAACUGCUGAUCAGAAUGUCAGAACUGCUUUUCUAAGUCCAUCAGCACAACAGCGGGAGCUCAUCCUCCAUCACUCAUGAGAAUAGUAAAGGUUUGGAAGCAACAGCUCACAAGGUACCUCCACUACAACACUGUUUCUACAACUAAAACUGCUUGUGGGAAAUAACUUUUGCGAAAGGGAUGUGUUAGUUUUAAAACGUUCACUGUUUGACUAUUUUCCAGCCUGUCUGUAGCAAAUGAGGACAAACCACUGUAUUGUCAUUCUGCUUGUAAUAAAUAAAGGGUGCAAA